UAUCAGUGUUAUUCCAAACUCGGAAAGAAAAAGUUGUCCUUAAAAGUCGUCUCGAAAAUUAUUCAAAGUGAAUGCAAGUCCGUGUUUGAUUAGCUAUCAAUUUGAAUUUUGCCGAUUUUAAAGUGUGAUUAGAUCAAGCCAAUUGAGUGGAAAUUUUCGAGAAGAUGGAGGGAUAUCGAUCAAAGUAUUCACGUGAUGGAUCCGGAGGAAGUGGGCGGAAUAAGGCACCACCGAGCGGGACGUUCUCUCGGAUCAAUCCGGACACGAAAUUUCUUGAGGGAGAAGAAGUGGAAGGUGUCCGUCUCGUGAAUGACUUUGACCUGGUCCGUCAAAUUCAAGUGCGUCUGGGCAAAUUCAUUCCCAACGGAAAAGAUGAUUUCUUUUCGGCAAUGUGGCCCGUUUCGUUAUCAACGGAUAACGUCCAUUUGCUGGCAUCCGAGCCUUACGUGGUGGCCCCCAAGCCAACAGGAUCGCGCUUCUUUCUCUACGUCGAUCCUUCCGGCGAUAUUUUCCUUGAGAACAUGACGCAGCAUAUCUUUCGUGUAGACGAGGAUCAUGCCAUCAAGAUGGAAUCUUUCGACGGUCGCCCCAUCACCGACACCGUUCUCGAUGGCAUCAUCCCAAGAGAAAAAUUAAACGGUGCUGAUGCCAGUUGCGAAGGAAACAGCGAAGAUGGAACUACUCGAAAAUUGACUUUUGUCAUUUGUGACGCCAUCAGAUGCAACGGGAAGGAUCUGACUAACUCGAGCAUUCUCCAACGUAUUGCGUAUGUCAGGGAUGAAAUAAUGAAACCGCGAAUGUUUGCCAUGAAAAACCGGAUGAGAUCCGACGAGAAAGAGGCGUUUGAUUUGGAUAUUGUCGAGUACCACGAAGCCCAUCAGGCGGAAAAUUAUUUGUCUCGUGAAUUUGUUGAACGUUACAAAUAUCCAUUUCGUUCGCUUGUAUUUUUCCCUCGAAAAAAGCUCUACCGCAGCUUUACUAAUAAGGACAGCUUUCAGUGGCAAGAAGGGGAUAUUCAGGAGUGCAGCUUCCGUCUCAAAAUUCCAAAAGGAGUUAAAGAGCCCAAAGCAGGUCAACUUUAUGUAGGGGGCGGGGGCCCACAUGUGCAAGAAAUAGUUCACGGCCAAAUUGCGUUGACGGAGGAAAUUAAAAAAUUGGACGGCUGCAUCAUUGAUUGCCGCUACUUUGAUCACCAAUGGCUAUUCAUCAAGCAGCGCCAUGACCGCAAUUAUCCCAAUGGAAGGCGUUCAGUUAUGGGAAAACUGGCUGCGUUGGAAAAAGCGGUAUCUCGUGAUCUUCUGUUAACAAAUCUGGAGCAGUCAAAAGGAUUAAAUUGAAGUUGCUUUUCAAGUUUUAUCUUUCCUUUUUUGUUUCGAACAAAUCGAGACCAUUCAUUUAUCCAGAACAUUUGCAAUAUUUUAUACCCUACCCGGAAAGUGUACCGUUUUAUAAUUGUAAUUUGUCCCAUUUUUGAAAAAUAAU